UCCGAGGUCGGGACGGGAUUAAACGCUCCUCAGACUCCGCUCAUGGAGCCCAUAACCACCUGGAGCUCGGACCGAGUCAGCGCCUGGCUCAAAGGUCUGGACGUGUCUCUGCAGCAGUACGAAUUUGAACAGUGGCGGCUGAGUGGCGUGGACCUGCUGCAGUUAAACUCGCAGCAGCUCGAAGAACUCGGCGUGCACAAGAUGGGACACCAGGAGCUCAUCCUGGAAGCCGUGGAGAAACUCUGCACCCUGACUUAUGGUCCCAACGGUGAGAGCGUGUACAGCGUAGCGGAGAAGUUGCGCGCUGUGGCUCAGUCGCUGCAGAUGGGUAUUCAGAGUCGAUGGCGUGUCAAUACGUACGACGGGCUCAAAGCUACGGAACUGCCCGAUCAGGAACUGCAGCUGGUACUGGAUCUCAUCGCCGGAGCCAAGACCAUGUAUUCCAUGCUCAACAGAUACCAGUACACAGAGCUGACUGGUUAUACAGGCUUUAAGAACAUCCUUGAUCUGUGUACAGGUCUGAGCUCUACCAUGCAAAAGGACAACACUGUGUUAGAUAAGGAGAAGGACAUCAUUUCAGUGAGUCGUCAGUUGGUGGCGAUAUGUGAUGAUGUUCUGAGCGCUGCUCCUAAAGAUGUACUGAGCCACACACCUCAGCUGCAGAGUGUUGAUCUGGUGCCGGUCCUGCCCGGAGAACAACUGGUGAUUGAGAUCACCUCCACGUCCUCUAGCCAACACUACGUCUCCGGAUCAGCUGUUGAGUGUACAACAGAUUCCAGUGAGAAGAUCCUGGCAGGUGACGAGGUCAUUAAGGUCAACGAUCAGAUCGUGGUGGGCUGGAGCAGGAAGAACCUGGUGGCCAAACUUCAGGAGAACCCGAAUGGUGUGACGCUGCUGCUGAGACGCCUUCCCGCGCUGCCUGUGUCUCACAAACCCAAAGACACGCCGACUCAGGUUGCCAUAAAGAAGGAGGAAGACGAGGAAGAGGACGAGAGCAACAGACCCGAGCAACAGGUGUUCGAGCGAGCACCGACGUCGGUGCGCUCGUACUCGUUCAGGGCUGCCGUGUCCCCAGAAGGACAGGAGCUGACGGGACAAGACGAGCCGGAGACUGGUGAUCACAGACUUGAUGGAAAUCAGAGCCUUGGUGUUCGCACACACCACCUGCGUACAGGUACUGGAUUAGAGCGCAGGAGUUCGUCUCUCCUCAGUCUGGACUCGAGCAGGGCAAGAGUCGGAUCCUGGCCUGACAUGGGGGCCGGUGUGGAAGAAAAGGAGCCCAAGAAGACCUCCUAUAAAGGCACAAGGACAGCGAUGAGCCGCAGGCGGGUGUCGUGCCGUGAGCUGGGCCUGCCGGACUGCGACGGGUGGCUCUGGAAGAAAAGGAAAGAGAUGAGCGUGUUCAUGACGCAGAAAUGGCAGCGCUUCUGGUUUGUCCUUAAAGGAGUUACGAUCUACUGGUACACCAGCCAGCAGGAGGACAAGGCGGUCGGGAUGGUGAAGAUCGGCAGCUACAGCAUCGAGAGCGCCGGAGAACACAAGAGGAAGUACGUAUUUAAAAUGUGCCACCCGCGCUUUCAGAACUUCUUCUUCGCUGCCGAUAACGUUACAGACAUGAGCAAGUGGAUCAACUGUCUGAUCACAGCCAUUCAGAAAUAUAAGAAGUACCAACAGAAUACAUUAGACAGCGAAGCUGAGUGCUACAGUGAAACCGAGUCGGAGGAGGACGGCUCAAACUCACCACGCAUUUUAAAGAAAAAACCCUCCACGAAGCCCCAGUCGAACACACUUCCUCGAACCCUGGGCAGGAAAAUUAAACAAGGGGGAGCUGCAGCAACCAUAUCACCAGCAGGGGGCAGUAAAGCUGCAGGGACGGUGGAUGAGAUGGGCGAGCUGUUUAACAAGCUGAAGGAGGGAGGAGUGUCUCUGAUCGGCCAGAAGCAGCCCGUCACUCACGACCAACUCCGCAGGUCAUUUAUCAGACGAAACAAAAAUCCCGUCAUCAACGAGAAGGUCCACACACUCCGCGCUCUUCAGAGUACACUCAAGGCGAAGGAGGCGGAGCUACAGCUCCUCAACAAGCUUCUGGAAGAUUCCAGUCUGACGCCGGUGAAAUACCGCCAGUGGAAGCAGCACAACGAGGACCUCCAUCAGGAAAUCGAGAAACUCGCGACGGAGAAGAAACGAAACCAAGCGACCCCGCCGGCGGAAACCGUCCCCUCUUGCCAUGGCGACGGAGCACGCAGACUCAGCCUGAGCGACGGAGAGCAGCUAGUGGACGCCGAGUUGCCUAGCGAUGCAGACUCCGCCCCUGAAUCUGGGCAUGGACACUUAGCAUCGUGUACUGACCCACGUAGCGAAAGAGCAGGCAGCAGCUACUCGGAGAACUACUUCUACAUCUGAGCCAAUGGGUACUGACCUCGCGCCUGCCCGUUUUGGAACGCUGACCAAUCAGAGCCUUCGAAACUUUAUGGAAAAGUGGGCGGGUCUUCAGCUGCUGUGGAAAGCGUUUUCAUUUUCAGACCUUGUUCUUACAAGAAAUGAUCGAUGUCGGUGUUGCUAAGCAACCGUAA